AUGCUAUCCAGCCUGAGAACUGGAGUUCAGGGCGUGUGGCGUGCAGCUUCCAGGAGUAUUCAGACCAGCUCAGCUCUGCAGCAUGACAGCCUGUUCGUCCACCGUGAUACUCCUCAGGACAAUCCUGACAUUCCUUUUGAGUUUUCAGAGGCCAACAAAAAGAGAGUUGAAGCCCUGUUAGGAAUCUACCCGGAAGGCCACAAGCGUGGUGCUAUGAUUCCUCUACUGGACCUGGCACAGCGUCAGAACGGAGGCUGGUUGCCCAUCUCAGCCAUGCACAAGGUUGCCGAAAUCCUCAACCUGCCUCGCAUGAGGGUUUAUGAAGUUGCUACCUUCUACACUAUGUUUAUUAGGAGACCGAUCGGUAAAUACCACAUCCAAGUGUGCACCACCACACCCUGCUGGCUCCGUGGCUCCGAUGCUAUCCUUAAGGCACUGACUGAAGGCACCCAGUGCCAUGUCGGUGGGAACAGUCCAUGUGGCAAGUUCUCCAUUUCUGAGGUUGAAUGUCUUGGUGCCUGCGUGAAUGCUCCGAUGGUCCAGGUCAACGAUGAUUACUAUGAAGACCUGAGUGUAGAUGACGCAAAAGAGAUCGUAGAGAAACUCAAAAUGGACGAGAAACCCAAACCGGGACCAAGGAGUGGAAGAUUCGCCUCUGAACCCCUGGGAGGUCUGACCAGUCUUACUGAUGAACCGACUGGUCCUGGCUACGGUCUGCAGGACGGACUCAAAUCUUAG